AUGAGCUUUCAAGAUCUUGAAGCGGGCAGGGGAGCGGGGACCCGGAGAGGGUUUGUAAAUGGGAAGCAGGACCCGACCCAGGCGGUGGCCUCCGGUAUAUUUCAGAUCAACACGGCGGUUUCCACCUUCCAGCGCCUCGUUAAUGCCAUCGGCACUCCCAAGGAUACGCCUGAGCUCCGGGAAAAGCUGCAUAAAACUCGGCUACAUAUUGGACAGUUGGUGAAGGAUACCUCAGCUAAACUUAAGCUAGCCAGUGAAACAGACCAUCGUGCUGAAGUCAGUACAAACAAGAAAAUAACAGAUGCUAAACUUGCAAAAGAUUUUCAAGCUGUUCUAAAGGAGUUCCAGAAGGCACAGCGGCUAGCGGCUGAGAGGGAGACAUCAUAUACUCCUUUUGUCCCUCAGGCAGUACUUCCCUCUAGCUACACUGCUUCUGAAAUUGAUGUGAGUUUAGAUAAGACUCCAGAACAGCGUGCUCUCCUUGUUGAAUCUAGAAGACAGGAGGUUUUGCUGUUGGACAAUGAGAUUGCCUUCAAUGAGGCCAUUAUAGAUGAAAGAGAGCAGGGUAUACAAGAGAUACAACAACAAAUUGGUGAAGUGAAUGAGAUUUUCAAGGAUCUUGCUGUACUAGUUCACGAGCAAGGAACUAUGAUAGAUGACAUUGGCUCCAACAUUGAGGGUGCUCAUGCUGCAACUGCUCAGGGAAAAUCCCAGUUGGUCAAAGCAGCUAAAACCCAGCGGUCGAAUUCAUCUCUGACUUGCCUACUGCUAGUGAUAUUCGGCAUCGUUCUUCUCAUAGUGAUUAUAGUACUUGCUGCCUGA